AUGACAUUCACCGUACUCACCCGCCGUGUGCGUUUGGCCCGGCGCGCAUUCAGCACGACGGCGCAGCGAGCCGCGUCCAAGAUCUACCCGUCCCCCGAAGCGGCCGUCGCCGUCGUCAAAUCGGGCGACACGCUCCUGUCCUCCGGCUUCGGGCUGUGCGGCCUGCCCAACACGCUGAUGGGCGCGCUCGCGGCGCGCAGCGACGUCAAGAACCUCACCGGCGUGAGCAACAAUGCCGGCGCCGGCGGGCGCGUGGCAGGCCUCGGCAUGCUGCUCGAGAGCGGCCAGCUGAGCAAGUUUAUCGGGAGCUAUCUUGGGACCAACAAGGUGCUCGAGAAGCUCUACUUGACUGGCAAGAUCGACCUCGAGCUCACGCCGCAAGGCACGCUCGCGGAGCGCAUGCGCGCGGCCGGGGCCGGAAUCCCGGCAUUUUACACGCCCACGGGCGCGGGGACGCCAGUCGAGUUUGGGAGCGUCGCGAUGCGCAACGACGCCGAGGGCAAGGCUGGAGUCGCUGUUGCCAGCUACUGUGUCACUAACCCCCACACCCAGCCCGCAGUCUACCCCAAGCCCCGCGAGACGCGUACCUUCAACGGACGCGACUACGUCCUCGAGGAGAGCAUCUACGGCGACGUGGCGUUCAUCCGGGCGUGGAAGGCCGACGAGGCAGGCAAUGUGGUGUUCCGGUACACUGCGAACAACUUCAGUACUGCCAUGGCUAAGAGCGCAAAGGUUACCAUCGUCGAGUGCAGGGCGGGGGAAACGAGGUGCCGUGUUACUCCGUCCACGGUUCACACCUCGAACCUUGCCACUCGCCUCGUCUCGCCACUCGCAACUGGCGGCACAUCGCGACUUGACAACUCGCAAUCGUUGCCUGAACGCUUGCUGACGCCUGUCCUCCUCGUGCAGGCCGAACACAUCGUCCCCGUCGGCGAACUCGACCCAAACGAGAUCCACCUGCCCGGCAUCUACGUCAACCGCAUCGUACAGGCCACGACCCCCAAGGAGAUCGAGUUUGAGACGCUCGCGCCUGAGCCUGGCUCCGAGGCACAGAGCACGGGAGGCAAGCGCGAGCUCAUCGCGAGGCGCGCGGCCAAGGAGCUGUCGGACGGCGACUAUGUCAACCUGGGCAUCGGCAUCCCCACACUCAUUCCCAACUUUGUGCCGCCUGGCAUCCAGAUCUGGCUCCAGAGCGAGAAUGGCAUCCUGGGCAUGGGCCCGCUGCCGACGAAGGAGGAGGUCGACGCCGACAUUAUCAACGCCGGAAAGGAGACUGUCACCCUCCUCCCUGGUGCAUCGACAUUCGACUCUUCCGAGUCGUUUGCCAUGAUCCGCGGCGGGCACAUUGACGUGUCGGUGCUCGGCGCGAUGGAGGUGUCGGCGGCGGGCGACCUCGCCAACUGGAUUAUUCCCGGCAAGCUCGUCAAGGGAAUGGGCGGCGCCAUGGACCUUGUGUCGUCGCCUGAUUCGACGAAAAUUAUUGUCUUGACCGACCACGUCGACAAGAAGGGCAAGAGCAAGAUUGUGCAAGAGUGCUCAUUGCCACUGACGGGUGCUCGCUGCGUCAGCGUGAUUAUUACCGACCUCGCCGUGUUCAACGUCGAUCGGCACGCCGGAAAGCUCACCCUUGUCGAGCUAAUGCCCGGCGUAACGCUCGACGAGGUCCAGGCCAAGACGGACGCCAAGUUCAGCGUGGCGGAUAGUGUGGUCGAGACGCAUGUUUAGCGUGGCGGAGACAAGGCGGCGAGAGAGAAUGAGACGGAGAUAGCCACCACCUCGCAUACCCACCCCCAGCCACCUCGUAGCUCGAUGUCGAUGCCAAUUCAUUAUUCGCUGGAUUAACUAGCCCGAGCAUGUUAUUCCAGUAGUUCUUC